AUGCCCGGACUCAAUUUUCGCAACGAGAACGUCCAGAAGACGAACGGACAAAGCCAGAAGAGACGGCGUCAACGGAGAGCCGCCCGUCGUGAGCAGGAGGUUCCUUCUGAUUUCAACUUCUGCAUUUUGAACGGUCAUUCUUUACAGAACUCUCCGCCGACCGAAACCACACAGACUCCGCAGCCACCGAGAGAAGAUGAGUCAUUGACAGCCGACAGCUCCACGAGCACAGACGACAGCUCCACGAGCACAGCCGACAGCUCCACGAGCACAGCCGACAGCUCCACGAGCACAGCCGACAGCUCCACGAGCACAGACGACAGCGGCCUCGGCAGUUUCAGUUUUAAGCCGGCCCUGGAGAGCACGUACCUGAACAUCACCGGCACAGCCAUUUCGGAGAUUCCCGCCCGUCCGUCGGCUUCUUCUUCUUCUUCCUGGGACUCGGCUGUCGACCAGAUGCUGCUCGACAUCUUCUGCACCGACGUCGUUAUCACCGGAAGCCGCUCCCGCCGCAUCUCUCCGGCCGAGUCGAUGUGCACGGAAGCGUGCGGAUUGCGGAGAGACGCCGAGAAGGCCACCAACAAUUGGCUUCUGAAUGUCGUCCUCGAGGGAAAUACUGUGAGUGAGUGGGAUCCCUUCCGAACUGAACCUUCUUUUCCAGCCGACUGCCGCCCCUCCAUCCCCGAAUGCUCUCCCGGUCCCAGUCGUCCCGCAGCUGGUCCUUCCGCCGUCUCCGCCGCAACGGAGACCCCGCUGCUGCAGCUUCUGCUACGGAACCGCCCUCGCCAGAUGGAGACAGAACGGAGAGCCGAUCCAGUCGCGCGACUCCGAAGGACCGUGGUCCUCGCACUCGCUCAAAGAGAACGGACGGACGACGUGAGUUGCCACGUCACGGAGGUUACUGUCAAUCGGCUGACUUUCAGGUGCCCGGUGAUGCGUCGCAAUCCGUGCCGCAUCUGCGGAGCGUCGGGAGACAUCGCCCACACGACGCAGUACCACCUGCAACACCUUCCGAUGUCGUCGAACUUCGACUUCGUUGAGUGA